CGUCGUCUUUGUGAUGGGUCGGGGGCACAAAACGUUGCGUGCAAAAGACAGCGGCAUUGCUACUCGAUGUACUGAACCCACAGUAAGUUCUUGUUGGCUAGGAAUUUUCGGAGCCAUCAGAUCAUUCAUGAUCACCGUACAUAUGGAACUCUGACCAAAAUCCAGGCACGCGUGAAACGGUGACACGAAAAAUGCUUCCAGCUGAUUUCCACCGGCAACAGCCAGUGAGGGAGUCAGCGGCACCGCCCGCUCGUCCCCGCAGUCACUGACUGGUGGGGCCCACUCGCCACGCAGCCAUCCCUGACGUCCGCGCGUUACACCAUCCGCGUCGUAGUUAACACCUCCGUUACUCCAUUCCUUCCAAAAGAAAACUCGAAACCUCCCCCUCUCCGGCCGCCGGCGAGCGGCUCAUCCAUCCACCCCACCUUGGCCGGAGACGGCGGCAAUGGCUCACCGCCGGAUCGCGCUCGCCGUCCUCGUGACGCUGCUCUUGUCGGCGUUCCGCCCUUGCCUGGCGCAACAGAGCAACGACGACACGAGCAAACACCACCGGAGCGCCACGGCCGGCGGGUUCACGCCGACCACCGUCGUCGUGCUCGUGGCUCUCAUCACCGCCUUCGUCCUCCUCACCGUGUUCUCCGUCCUCAUCAACCGCUGCGCCCAGGCGCGCGCUCCCCCGCGCCGGGCGUUCCGCAGCACGGCGUCCCAUCAGCCCGUCGGCGGCGCCGCCGCCGCGUCCCGCGCCUCGCGUGGCCUCGACAAGGAGGUCGUGGAGGCGUUCCCCACGGCGGUCUACGGCGACGUGAAGGCGCGCAUGGCGGCGAAGUCGGGGCCGCUCGAGUGCGCCGUGUGCCUCGCCGAGUUCGCGGACAGCGACGAGCUACGGGUGCUCCCGGCGUGCUGUCACGUGUUCCACCCGGACUGCAUCGACCCCUGGCUCGCCGCCGCCGUCACGUGCCCGCUCUGCCGCGCCAACCUCACGGCGCCACCGGUGUCGCUCGCCGCCGCCGAGAGCUCCGACCUGACGGCGCCGGAGGAGGCGGUGCAGGAGGAAGAGUCGGAGGAGCUCGACGAGGCGUCCCUGAUGGCCACCUUCACGCCGGAAUCCGUCAUCGACUUCGGCGCGACGCACGACCAUGAAUUCGACAGAGCAGGGUACCCUCACUACCGGAGGACGCAGUCGGCCAUGGACGCCGCGCCGGACCGGCACACGCUGAGGCUACCGGAGCACGUCAUGAAGGAGCUCGCCGCCGACCGCAGGCACCGGCGCGCCGCGAGCCUCGCCGGGUACCCGGACAGCGUGGAGAGGACGCCGAGGUGGCUGACGUCGCUCUGGCGAUCGGUGUCGUGGCAGAGGCAGAGCCGGGCGGACUGGGACGCCGGAGAGGAGCACGGCGGCAGCAAAAGGGUUCACCCGGUCGCCGGAGCUCAGGACGAGACACCCAGCGGGUCCGGCUCCGAUGGGAGCAAGGAGAACUCCGAUUCUGACGCGUUAAACCGAGUUUGAAUUUUGUUUUCUCCUCUUCUUUUUUUUUCUUGUGCUUCGUUCUAAUUGUGCAGCGGUGUAGUAAUACAAAUUAACGAUAAACUACCUUGCACAAUUUUCUAUUAGCAAACAAGUACUCUACUACUCUAGAUCGUCGAUUCUUGUUUGAGUUUAUCGGGUACAAAGGUUUAAUAUUCCGGUAGAUCAUGAACAUUUUAGGAUAUCCUUAACAGUACCUCUCAGAUUAAUGGGGAUAAUUAGUACUGAUUAGUGAUUAAUUAUGCUGGUCACUUGCCAGAAAUGCUGCUCCACUGUGUGCUAGGCUUGCCAGUUGCAAAAAUGGAAUAAACGAAGAAGUGAUAUGAUA